UCAGCGAACGACAUUGGGAGGAAAAGCGCUGAAAAUUUUCUCGUUCAUCAUGUUUCACAAUCGUCCCUGUGGAUGUAAAGGCCAGCGUACCUGCCUUAAAUGUGAGCAGAGUUAUGAGGAUGUGGCGAAUAAAGCAAAAUCUUGGGUGACAGAUGAAGAGAAGGAAAAGUCCUAUGUAUACUGUCCAGAGUGUGAUCUUGCCUGGCCAGGCUGGGAAGCAGACAGCUGGAAAGUCCACCCAGACCAUGCUGGUGACUCAAUCAAAUUUCCAGGUGUAAAAAUAAUACAGAAUUUUAUAGCUGAAGAUGAAGAAGAUGAGCUUCUGAGACAUCUUGAUGAAGUACCUUGGGACCUCUCUCAGAGUGGAAGACGGAAGCAGAAUUAUGGACCAAAGUGCAACUUCAAGAAACGUCGUGCAAAGGUAGAAAACUUUUCUGGUUAUCCAGCCUUCACAAAAUUCAUUCAAGAUCGUUUUGUUUCGGUUGAUGUCUUAAAGAAUUUUCAGACUGUUGAGCAGUGUUCACUGGACUAUCCUAUUGAAACUGGAGCAUCAAUUGACCCCCAUAUUGAUGACUGUUGGAUUUGGGGGGAACGUAUCCCUACAUUGAGUUUACUGGUUGACUCAGUACUUACACUACGAAAGUACAGAGGACCUGAGACUAAAUACAACUUAAUGGAUACUUAUAAAUAUCCUGCUGUUAUGAAAGAAAAUGAAGUGAAAAAUGAAGAGGUACUUGUACAAGAAUUCCAUCAGCUUUGUCAAAAUGAGGCUGUUGCAAAGAGUGAAGAAAAUGCUGAAGGAGCAGAGGCCUCCCCGGAAUUAGAUGCAGGUCCAAAUAUAGUACGACUGCCAAUGCCUCGGCGUUCUCUUAUCAUUUUCUUUGGUCCCCCACGCUACAAAUGGGAACAUGGCAUUCUCCGAGAAGACAUUCCUUCACGUAGAGUUUGCAUAACAUAUAGGGAGCUUACACCUCCAUAUCUCCCGUUUGGGUCUGAGUCAAAAACUGGGGCUGAAAUACUAAAAGUGAGUAAAAAUUUUUGGGAUCAUUAUCAAUAUUAUGGAAUCACUUGUUCAAGCUGAUAUUUGAGGUAUGCAGUCCCUCAAAAUGUGAUACUAUAUAUUGUUAUAAAAAAAAAGUUAAAUAUGGUGAAUGAAAAACACUGAACAUUAUGUAUAUUUUUAGAGAAGAUUUAUUGCUACUGUACUGUUUAAUUCUAUACAUUGAUGAUGCAUUAUGAUACAGUUUGAUGCACACUUUUUAAGAAAAUAUUCAGCAGUCAUUCACACACAAUUCUAUGCUGAUUUUUUAAUGUUAUUUAAAGACCUUAUUCAAUCUGUUGUUCAAACAAACUUUUAUUAAAAAUUAUUUUCACAUUAAAAAUGACUUGAUUGUUAAUUGUUGCUAUGUCUAAUGGUUGAUAUUUCUUUCCACUGAUUAUGUGUUCAAGAUAAUUAUAAUUUGAUAUGAACCUCACUGGAAUGCAAAAAUAUAUUUGGCCAAUGUAAUACAUACAUGAUUAUUUAUAUAUUUUGUGUUAUAUCAGAUUUUGUCAAUUGAAUAUGAAAUAUAUAAUUUACAAGGUGUAAAUUAUGCAAAACUGUUAAA